GUCCUUGCGGUAGGACAUUUAGUAUCAUAGCUCCUGUUCGUGCGUCUGUUGUGUCUGUAUAAUUUGAUUUAUUCAAUAAAAUUCUAUUUCCAAUUAAAAAAAAAGCAAAACAUAAAGAAAAUUUUACUAAAUCUUUUGGGAAUACAAAAUUGCUAGUUUGGUGUAAAAUGUAAACACGAAAGCUUUUCCUCUUUUUUUCUAAAAAAACGGGACCUGUGACAUAUUAAUAAAUUAAAAUAGAAAAAAAAAAAAUCCUUACUGCGGUAUUUACUAUAAUCCUUUGCCAGUUCAAGUUGUCAAUCAGUAUUUUUUCUGUACAAAAAAAAAAAAGAAAAGUUGAAAUAAAAAUUUUCCACUCUAAUGAAAAAUGGAAUGUAAAUGUUUGUAUAUUUAUUAUACAAAAACAAGUGCGACUAAAUCAAAUUGAUUUUGAUGAAAUUAUUUAUUUAUUACGUAAAAAAUAAUAAAAUUAAACAAAAAAAGGAUUAAAUGUUAUUGAAAAGUAACAUUUUUGUGAAAAUCUUUAAUAUAUUCAAUUCACCUUCUUAUGGAUUACGUUUUGGAUUAAUAUACAUAACACAUCUUUUGUUGCUGAUGCUGUUAGAACCGAAACUUACUAAAAGCGAUGUACCGCCACACUAUUGGGAUGCGCCGUAUGCGUUGCCAUUUUUUGACAAUUCAUCGCAACGUGAGGUGACAACGACAGUUGGCAAAUCUGCUUAUCUGCAUUGUCGUGUGAAAAAUCUUGGAGAUAGAGCGGUAUCAUGGAUUCGAAAACGGGAUCUGCACAUCCUCACUGUUGGCAUAAUAACAUACACAAAUGAUCAACGAUUUCAAUCUCUACACACUGAAGGAUCCGAUGAAUGGACACUUAGAGUUUCAUCCCCUCAACCUAGAGAUUCGGCAACCUAUGAAUGUCAAGUAUCAACUGAACCAAAAAUCAGUCAAGGAUUUCGACUCAAUGUUGUUGUUUCUCGUGCGAAAAUUCUUGGAAAUUCUGAACUUUUCAUCAAAAGUGGCAGUGAUUUGAAUUUGACAUGCUUAGCACUUCAAUCACCAACACCACCCUCAUUCAUCUACUGGUACAAGGAUAAGCGUGUGAUGAACUAUACAAAGCAUGGCGGUAUCAAUGUCAUAACAGAGCGAAAGACUAGAACGAGUAUGUUACUGAUUGCCAGAGCAACACCCGCUGAUUCUGGAAAUUAUACCUGUUUGCCAAGUAGUUCAUACUCCGCUAGUGUUGUUGUCCAUGUUAUAAAUGGUGAACAUCCAGCUGCCAUGCAACAUGGCAAUAGUAGUGCCAAUAGUUUAUCAAAUUCUCUGCAUUCCUAUCGGGCUUUAAAAUUAAUUGAUAUUAAUUUCAUAACAAAUAAUAAAUCACUUUGUUUAAUUUUGAUAAAUCUUUGGCACAUAAUACAAUUUAAAACUUUUAUAUUAACAAUUGGAUUUUUACUAUAUAAUUCAACAAGAAAUCACAGAAAUUUUUUAUCAAUUAGAUGACUGUAAAUCAAUUUUUUUUCAAAAACAAAACAAAAAAAGCAAAGAAAAACAAAGUAUAUUUAUCGUGUUG